GACUUCCGGGGCGGGGCUUCCGGCGACAGGCCAUGCCGGGGGCUGGCCCCCGCGGCUUCCUCGUCCCUCGCCCGGUGGGUUGGAGUUUUCGCUCCGUCCGGGCAGCGUUUCCCAGUCCCGCCGGCUCUGGGUCGAGGCUGCGAUCCUGGGCCGGAGGCAGCGCCCUCGUAGCGUGGCGAGACGACUGGCUGUCGGGUCGGGGAGCGCGCAGGUGGGGAAAGAGGAGCAGGCUGUGACCCUGUCCUGUUCGGAAGGACCCAGCCUCGGGCUGAAUGGCAGCACCCCCGCUGGGCCGUCUGGUAUUGACCCACCUGCUGGUGGCCCUCUUUGGCAUGGGUUCUUGGGCUGCCAUCAACGGGAUCUGGGUGGAGCUGCCUGUGGUGGUAAAAGACCUUCCUGAGGGUUGGAGCCUCCCAUCCUAUCUCUCUGUGCUUGUAGCGCUGGGGAACCUGGGUCUGCUGGUGGUGACCCUGUGGAGACGGCUGGCUCCUGGCAAGAGCGAGCAGGCCCCCAUCCAGGUGGUGCAGGCACUGAGCGUGGUGGGCACGGCCCUGCUGGCCCCACUGUGGCACCACGUGGCCCCAGUGGCCGGGCAGCUCCACUCUGUGGCCUUCCUGACACUGGCCUUGGUGCUGGCACUGGCCUGCUGUGCCUCUAACGUCACUUUCUUGCCCUUCUUGAGCCACCUCCCACCUCCCUUCUUGCGCUCUUUCUUCCUGGGUCAGGGCCUCAGUGCCCUGCUGCCCUGCGUGCUGGCCUUAGUGCAGGGUGUAGGCCACCUUGAAUGUCUGCCAGCUCCCAACAGUGGCACCCUCUGGCUUCCCCACGACUUCCCGGAGCGUUUUCCUGCCAGCACCUUUUUCUGGAUGCUGACCGCCCUUCUGGUCACUUCAGCUGCCGCCUUCCAGGGUCUUCUGCUGCUGUUGCCGUCGCCACCGUCUGUACCCACAGCAGGUCCAGAGUCUGACCUGCAGGUGAGAGCCCCCAGAGUGGAGGAGGAGGAGGAAGAGGAGGAGGAAGAGGCCUUGCCACUGCGGGAGUCACCGAGCCAAGCAACAGGCGCCACUGCUAGCCCAGACCCUGAGGCCCACAGGCUGCUCCCUGUGCACAGAGCCUGCCUGCUGGGCCUGCUGGCCGUCACCAACGCACUGACCAAUGGCGUGCUGCCUGCCGUGCAGAGUUUUUCCUGCUUGCCCUAUGGGCGCCUGGCCUACCACUUGGCAGUGGUGCUGGGCAGUGCUGCCAACCCCCUCGCCUGCUUCCUGGCCAUGGGCGUCCUGUGCAGGUCUCUGGCAGGGCUGGGAGGUCUCUCCAUGCUGGGCAUGCUCUUUGGGGCCUAUCUGAUGGCGCUGGCAAUCCUGAGUCCUUGCCCACCCCUGGUGGGCACCUCCGCAGGAGUGGUCCUCGUGCCUGCUGCCGUGUCCACCCUCCCAGGUGCUGUCUUGGGUGCUGUGUUUGGGCGUGUUCUCAUACGUGAAGGUGGCCGCCAGCUCCCUGCUGCAUGGUGGCGGCCGGCCGGCAUUGCUGGCAGCUGGUGUGGCCAUCCAGGUGGGCUCCCUGCUCGGUGCUGUCGCCAUGUUCCCUCCCACCAGCAUCUAUCACGUGUUCCGCAGCGGGAAGGACUGUGUGGACCAGUGUGGUCCCUAAGCCUGAGCAGAUGGGGACCUGACUUCGGGCUGGGAUGCCACAACGCCCAAGCGCCCAUGACCCAAGGAGGCCCUCUUCACACAUGGGCACGCUCACGGACACCUGUACACUCCACAGCAGACACUGGCCAGAGUGGGGACCACAGAACAGGCCCAGAGCCAGGGCCCAGCUAGAGCUUCGGACUUGGCCCAGGCCUGGAGCCUGUGUGGGCUUUGCACAAUAAAUCGUUUCGUGGGUCAGAGUA